AUGUCUUUACAAGAAAAGCUCGACAAGAUACGAUCGCCGAAGCUUCAAAAUCAACGUCAGACUGCAAUUGUAUUGUCUGCCGUGGAAGAUACACUUAAAGAUCAAAAAACAGAAGCAACUCCAACUGGUUAUUUUGCGGCAUUAUUGGCCCUCUUAAGACAAUCGAUACCUCAAAAUGGAGAAGUUAACAAAGAUUUAACAACUUCUGUGGUAUAUCUACUCGACGUUAUCACACCUUUUACCCCUCAACCACUCCUCCGAUCGAAAUUCUCUCAAAUCCUUACAAAUCUCGCCCCCGCCCUCAUAUUACCAGAUGCAGAUGCUCCUCUCCUCAGACCCUCGAUAGGAUGUCUCGAAUCAUUAUUAGUCGCACAAGAUUCCGCAGCAUGGGAACUCUCAGUCACAGAAAUUGGACCAAGAAGGGCGAUUGCUGGAUUAUUGAAUUUGGCCGUGGAUCACAGACCUAAGAUUAGAAAGCGUGCGCAAGAAGCUCUUGCAAAUGUCUUAAAGAAUCCACCACCAAGUCCAUCUCUCGAUCAUCCUGCCGCGGAUAUGUGUGCAGAAACUGCAUUGAAAAAUUUAAAUGAACUUGCGGCUCAAUCGCAGCAAGCUAGAAAGCAGAGAAAAGCCAGCGCAGCAGCAGAACAUGAACCGGCUUUAAUUCACGCAUUGCAGUUAGUUAGGGCUGUUGCAGGAGCAUCCGGGGGAUGGCCAAGUAAGAAGAUUGAGUCGUUGUGCGAAGUUUUGUUGAACAUCUCGAAAUCGAGCAAUGAAUAUUUGGCCAUGACAUCUUUUGAAGUGUUUGAGAUGAUAUUUGAGGGUAUGGCAAACGAUACUGCGACAUCCAAAUUACCUCGACUUUUAGAAGUUAUCUCUGAAUUGAGACCUUCUCAAAAUGAUUCUCAACUCCUUCCUCCUUGGAUUGCUGUACUAUCGCGGGGUUAUGAUGUUUCUGCGCAACUCGAACCCGAGGAGACUUUCGCAAAGUUACCUGAACUUUUCACAAUGAUUUCUGGAUUUAUGUCAUCCUCAUCACACAACAUUCGAGUCUCAUCAUCGGAAUGUCUGAUUUCGUUAAUGGCGAAUUGUGUCCCUGAAUCAGUCAUUGUGGAGCCGUCUAUUUUUGAUGACAAGAUCCUUGAGAAGUUGGCAAAGUGUGCAGUUGAUCUCUUGAGUGUCAAGUAUCAAGCUGCUUGGAUGGAGACGUUCAAUGUUAUGGGUGCUAUGUUUGACGCUCUGAGAUGGAGAGCGGAUCCAAUCUUGUCUGAAGUCGUGCGAACGAUUGGCGAGCUUAGAGGUAGCGAGUCCUUCGCUGGUAAGAAGGAAGCAGACGAAAUCCUUGGAAAAGCUAUCAGAGCUAUGGGACCAGAAAGCGUUCUUAGUAUCUUACCCCUCAAUCUCGCUAAGCCAAAGGCUGGAUUACCUGGACGAGCUUGGAUGUUACCUAUCCUGCGCGACUACGUCAGCAACACGAAUCUUCAACAUUUCCGAACCGAAUUUGUGCCAUUGAGCGAAGCAAUGAUCCAACGAGUUGGCCAGCAUGGAGCUGCCGAGAAGACGAUGGAUAUCAAGAUCUUUGAGACUAUUGUGAAGCAAAUCUGGGCAAUCCUUCCUGGUUAUUGUGAUCUCCCGCUGGAUCUCACUGAAGCUUUUGAUGUGGAGUUUGCAAAAAUACUUGUAGACAUUCUAUACGGGCAAGUCGAUCUACGUUCAGAUGUUUGUAGAGCUCUACAAACUUUAGUAGAGUCUAACCGGGCGAUCAUUGCAAUUGAAGGAGAUGAAAAUUUGCUCCUCCAGAGUCGUGUCUCGAAAGCCGCCGCGCAGAAGAACAUUGAGCACUUGGCUGGUUUCUCGAGCAACAUGCUUGCUGUGUUGUUCAAUGUCUAUAAUGAAACAUUGCCACAAUUCAGGGCUCACAUUUUGCAGUGUAUCAACGCAUUCCUUAGCAUUACCCCUGCUUCAGAGCUUAUGGAGACAUUCGAACGAGUCAGUGAAGCAUUAGGAACAUCGCUUGCCGAAGCCGGUGCUCAAACCCAAGCAGAGAAGCAGAGGCAAAAGCAACAAAAUGCUACUAAUAAGAUGCCUCCAACUAGUCACAGUCUCAUGGACCUGGUCAUUACAAUCUCCAUUUACUUGCCAAGAGAUAGUUUCAGCACUCUUUUCAACAUGGCAGCUCUCAUCAUUGUGAAAGAUGACGACCCGCAACUUCAGAAGAAGGCUUACAAGCUUAUUCCUCGACUUGCUGAGUCUGAAACCGGCAAGGCGGCAUUACAAGACCGUAGCACUGAUCUUCAAGCGCUUCUCUUGAACAGUGCCGAGAAGGUAUCCACACCCGCAAAACGUGAUCGUCUUUCUGCGAUCUCCGUUCUUAUUCCUUUCCUCCCUGCCGACUCUCUUCACUUCAUUCCGGCAAUUCUAUCAGAGGUCGUCAUUUCGUGCAAGGAAACGAAUGAGCGUGCUAGAACUACUGCAUUUGAUCUCCUCAUCUUAAUGGGAGAGAAGAUUGCUUCAUCACACGGCGCCAUAAUCGAUAACAGUAAGGUAUCCCACAUGCCCGACGAUGCCCCAGCUGUUACCGCCACCCUCGAAGAAUAUUUCACCAUGGUCAGUGCCGGUCUUGCCGGUAGCACACCCCACAUGGUAUCCGCAUCUAUCACAGCUCUCACCCGUAUCCUUUACAAUUUCCGUGACUCCCUAUCUCCCGAAACCGUGAGCGAUCUUGUUCAAACUAUGGACCUCUUCCUCACAUCCAACAACCGCGAAAUCGUUCGCAGUGUCCUUGGCUUCGUGAAAGUUUGCGUCAUUUCAUUACCUACUUCUCUUGUACUUCCUCGCCUGGAAAGUCUCGUUCCUAAUCUCAUGGUUUGGAGUCACGAGCAUAAAGCUCACUUCAAGGCAAAGGUCAAGCACAUUCUCGAGCGUAUGAUUCGUCGUUUUGGCGUUGAUAUCGUAAAUAAACAUUGUCCGGAAGAAGACAAAAAGCUGAUAACCAAUAUCCGCAAGACACGCGAGAGAAGAAAGAGGAACAAGGAAGCGGCCAAGGAAGCGGGCGAGGAAAGUGAUGAGGAAGAGACUGGUGGAAAGAGGAGAAACAGAUUUGAGAAUGAAUAUGAUGAAGCUCUUCACGGAAGUGAUUCCGAAUCUUCUGGUUCUGAUGACUCCGAUGAUGAAGUCCUGGGUAAAUCUCGACAGAAGGGCGGGAAGAAGGGCGCGGGUGGAAACACGUAUAUCGUGGAAGAUGACGACGAACCACUUGAUUUACUCGAUCGUAAAGCACUCGGCAAUAUCUCAUCCACCAAACCCGCAAAAGCAAGAACGAUCACAAAAACCAAAGCAAAGAUGGAUUUGGAUGGAAAAUUAUUGUUCGGAGGCAAUGAUAGUGAUGAUGAAGAUGAUCCAAUGGUUAUCGAUACACCAGCAGACGAAGACGGUGGUGUGGGUGCUUAUGUACACGCGUUGAAAGGAAGAGAUGCACCGAAAAAGGGCAGGGGCGGAAAACUUAAGUUUAGUAACCGCAAGGGCCAAGAUGAGGAUGAUGAGAUGGAUGUUGAUGAGGAUGAGGUUAAGACUGUCAAGAAGAGUAUUGGUGGGGAUAGGGAUAGGGAUAGUAGAGGAAGAGGGAGGGGUGGAAGAGGUGGAGAUAGAGGUAGAGGUGGAGACAGAGGGAGAGGAGGAGAUAGAGGUAGGGGUGGGGACAGAGGUAGAGGAGGUGGUAGGGGUGGUGCAAGAGGGGGUUCCAAUAGUGGGAGAAGAGGCCUGGGUGAGGAUAAGAGACGUGGUGAGAGUGGUGGAGGCGCUGGAAGAGUAGUGAAAAGUCCGAGGGGAAGAGGUAGGGGAAAUGGCCAUCCGAGAAGAUAG